CAUCAAUCAUGAGCUCAUGCGGCGCAUUCACUCUGCUCACAACCAACAUAUACCCCAUUCGAGAUCCAUCCCCUGACAGACAGUAAUGGCGUAUAGACUACCUCUACUGGGUCGGCUUUCCUUUCGUGAAUAUUUCGUUCUGGUGGCCGGCCUACUUUUCGUUGUCCUCGAGGGCUUCAUCCAUAUAAUCAUCCUCUUGCUCCCCAAAUUCGUCAUCAACUUCUGUUACCAACGCUCUCGCUCCCUCUUCCACCGAAUCGCUGGUCCGCCCAAGUCAAAAUCAGCUCAGCGUCUUCUCGCGGAUCGCAUACGAGAAGCCCGUGACUUUGCCGAAUUAUGCUCCAUCUACGGCUACACUCACGAGGAGCACGUUGUGUUAACCAAGGACGGGUACUUGCUGGGGCUGCAUCGACUACCUUCGAAAAAAGGUCAACAAAAGACCAGCCCGGGAACAAGUACAGGAAACCCGGUUGUUUAUCUGCACCAUGGACUUUUGAUGAACAGCGAAGUUUGGAUCUGCUUGACGGAUGAAGAGCGUUCGCUGCCCUUCGUAUUGGUCGAAAGAGGUUUCGACGUUUGGCUGGGCAACAAUAGGCAAUUUGCUCCGGGAAACAAGUACUCGAAAAAGUCAAUACACAAUGGCCCGAAUUCUACCAAAUUUUGGGACUACAGCAUGGAUGACUUUGCGUGGCACGAUAUCCCUGAUUCCAUCAACUAUAUUCUAGACUGCACCAAGGCAAAGACCUUGAGCUACAUAGGUUUCAGUCAGGGCACAGCUCAAGCGUUCGCUGCUUUGAGCAUCCACCCCAAUCUGAAUGAGAAGGUGAACGUCUUCGUCGCAUUGGCUCCAGCUAUGAGUCCUGCCGGUCUCGCCGCGUCGAUCGUGGAUAGUUUGAUGAAGUCCUCGCCAACCCUUCUCUAUCUGUUUUUCGGACGGAAAUCGAUCCUGCCGUCCACCGUAAUGUGGCAAUCCAUUCUCUACCCUCCGAUUUACACCAAAGUCAUCGACACUUCUCUCCGGUGGCUUUUUGCGUGGCGCAGUGACAAUAUCUCUACUCAGCAGAAGCUCGCCGCGUACGCUCACCUCUACUCCUUCGCAUCCGUCAAAUCUGUGGUGCACUGGUUCCAGAUCAUGCGCAACGGGCAGUUCCAGAUGUUCGACGACGAAGUGCAAUCGCCAGUCAUGCGGACUUCUGUGAGCAGCUAUCGACCGGCACGCUUCCCGACGCGAAACAUCGUCACGCCAAUUGUGCUGUGUUACGGCGAUUGUGACAGCCUGGUGGACAUUGACGUCAUGGUUUCCCAGUUGCCUGGUCACACCGUUUGUCGACGAAUGGAGGGCUACGAACAUCUCGACAUUCUCUGGGGAAAAGACAUUGACAUCGACGUCAUUCCGGAGGUCCUAGAUGCGUUGAAGCAGCACUGCGAGAAUCCUGAGAUGCUGCUUGUCAACGGAAGUUCGGUACGCGAGAAGAAAGUGGUCAUGUCAGACUGA